ACAGCUGAGAGUUCCGCGGGCUUUGGGUGCCGCUUCAAAUCUGUGAGAGGAGCCGGCGAACUGAGGGAAGAAGCACGGAGCCGCACUCGGGGGGAAGUUACCGAGCAGCAAUGCCUCGCAGCCUGAUCAUCCUUCUUAUCUUUGCGGCGGGCUCUUCCGCAUCCUCUGGCCCCAAUCAGCAUGGAAGCUGCAAAGUCUGCUCAGAUUUAAUAAGACAACAUCAAUGUACGUGGCGCUGUGGGGUGGAACAGCUGGAGACGCGGAAUGGGAAACUAGCGAGCGGUUAUAAACACAAAGCAGAGGUUAAUAAUUCUUGCCUUCAUCUAAAGUUUCAACCCAACUGCACCAGUUUUACUUUAGGUUGUAUGCAGGAUGGCCGUAAAGUCCCUGGUAAUGCCACAGUGCGGUGUGAUGUGUUCCCAACCAUUCCUGCACCACCACAAACCUCCACUGAUGGCAACAGGAAUACACCUGAUCCAAAUGUGACACCCAGCGGAACUACAUCUGAUCUGAAGGUAACACCCAGCGGGACUACAACUGACCCGAAGAUGACAACCAAUGGGACUACAUCUGACUUCAACAAAAACACAAUCUUGUAUAUUGGAUUAGGUAUCGGUGGUGUUGUCAUUUUCGUCGGUGUUGGUGCAAUAGUCUGGAAAUUCCGAGAUUAUAUCAGAGAGCGUUGUUCCUGUCUGUCGGCGGGGGCCAAUUAUGAGCAUUCUGCCCAAUAUAAGGCAGUACGAGUAAGGGUGAAUGGAGAUGGAGGAACAAGCUCUUCUGAAAACCCCACAAUUCCCUCAAAUCCCAAUCUGCAAGAUCAGAGGAAUGAUCUUCUCCCUUCUGGAAAUCAAGAUGCAGUAGUUGUAAUUGUGCCGAAUGGUGAUACAGAGAAUCCUAAUGGAACCAGCGCUGACCCUGCCUGAUUCCUGUGCCGGAGCAGAAUGUGGCUACAAGCUCACCGGGCCAAAACAGCUUUCAUCUUCGCACUAUUUUGCGCAGUUUAAGAUCAAGGAUUCUGUCCAUUUUUAAAAGGCCUAAUAACAAUGUAAUAUAGGGGGAUUGAUGCUGCCUGUGUCUCUAGUGAGAGGCAUGCUCUGGGUAAUCCCCAGAUAGAGUCUGUCUCUCCCGCAAAGGCACGCAAAUGCUAGGCUGCACCAGCCAAUGAAUUGGCAGAGGUGGGACUUUUGCAUCCAUUCUACUUUCUGGUAUAUAAAAAUGGUGCGUAAUGCAACUUUCCUUUUAAUUACUUCUUUUGUACACACUUUUUAAAACCGUGCGCACUUUUUUAAAAAUGACUUCUACAAAAAGUGAAUGUAAAAUGGAUGACCGUGUUAUUCUAAUCUAAGCACUUUUGAAUUUACAUUCUUUUUUUAUUUAUUAUGGCUCGAUGCCGAUUUUAUUGGUAACAGUUCCUCAAAAUGGCGGCUCAGCGUAAAUGCGUUUAUGUUUAGUAGAAGCAUAGGUGGUAAGCGCUGCGUAUGUCUUCUGUACAUGGCAUUAAUAUAGUGCCUUAACCCUUUAAUCACCAGCUGAAUGUAU